UCAACAACAACGAUUAUUAGUCGAGUAUCAGAAGUCCGCAGUUUUGCUGGAAAAAGACAAGUAUGAGGCUAAAGCUUUGUGUUCUAUUUUCAAUUCAAGGAGUCUUGUGUCUGAAUUUCAAUAAUCAUGGUUAUGAAGAUCUCCUGGUCACCAUAUCUCCAGAUAUACCGGUGGACAGUGCUGAAGCUAUCAUUAAUAACCUUCAGACUUGGAUAAAAGCAGGAAGUGAAACUUUAUACAAAUCUUCCAGAGGAUGGGCAUAUAUUCGUUCAGUCAGAAUUUUGAUACCAUCAGCUUGGACCAACAUAAAUGCCACAGAAGUUGAAAGCCUGGUGUUCCAGGAUGGUGAUAUUCAAGUUAAUAUUAAAAGUGGAGUUUAUGGAAACACACCCUAUACUCUUCAAACAGGUGACUGUGGAGAAGAAGGAGAAUAUAUCCAGAUUUCUGAUGAAUUUAUUAAAGAUUAUGACAGCAUGGAAAAUAUGUUUGGACCUGCAGGACAGGUGUUUGUCCAUGAAUGGGCAAAGUAUAGGUAUGGGGUGUUUGAUGAGUUUGGUUAUCCAGGAGACGAGAAGUAUCCAAUGUUCUAUUUCAAGACGGAAUGGACAAUGCAAGGCCAAGUGAAUAAAAUAACUCCGAAUUUCUGUACAAAUGUGGAACUUGUUGAUUAUGAACUUAAAGACUGGACUACAGAGGGAGAAUGUCAAAUUGAUCAGAUGACAGGUCUUCCAAAUAAUAAUUGCUUCCCAGUGCUAGGGCAAGGCAAUGGAAUAAGAUCAUCUAUAAUGGCAAUUCCAUACCUAAUUGGCAAUGAUCAAUUUUGUGACGAUACGGAAAACUUAUAUCAUCAAGAUGAUAUACCAACAAAGCAUAAUGAUCUGUGCAAAGGAAAAAGCACAUUUACAGUUAUAAAGGAACAUGAAGACUUCAAUGGAUAUUUGAACAACACCACCAUUGAGGGUAGAGAAACAAAAUUUGAGAUAUUAAGGGCAAGAGCUGGAUCAAAUUUUGUCAUGGUUCUUGAUGUCUCAGGAAGUAUGAUGCAGGAGUUUCCUCGUCUAACCAGACUUAUACAGUCAUCAAAGAGGUGGUUGGAGUAUGACCUCGAAGACGGGGUUUCUCUGGGAAUAACAAAGUUUAGCACCACUGCCUCAAUUGUUGCAGAUAUGACAAUGGUCAAUACUGGAAGCAGACCAACAUUAGCUGGACUUUUGGAUGGUUUGGUAGCUGGUGGUGGUACUUGCCUUGGUGCAGGUUUAAAGAAAGGAUUAGAAGUUUUAAAAACUGGGGGUGUUGAAAAAGGAGGCGUGAUGAUAUUUCUAACAGAUGGAGUGUUUGAUUGUAAUGGACCAGAUAGAACUACAAUAGCUGAAGCAAUUCCUUUAAUAACUGUCCAAGAAGUAAGAGUGAUAACAAUUGCUUUCAGUAAUAUGGCAGACAAUGACAUAAUAAAUUUAGCAAAGGAAACUGAUGGUAAAGCGUUUUUUGUUCCGGACAAUUCUGGCCCUGAAGUCAUCAAUACUGCAAUGCAAGGUUCUCUUACAUACCAACCAUCUGUUCCUUCCAACAAAGUAGAUAUAAUUGUUUUCGAGGAAACAAAGAAAAAUACCCACUCUAUUCUAGCAGAAUUUAUCAUUGAUGAAACAAUAGGAAAAAAUGUAUCAAUUCAAAUAGACUUUUCAGAUAACCCUGGAGUUGACAUUACUUUUAACGACACAACUGAUCAGUUUGAUACUGAUACAGGAGUUUUUGAAUUAUCCUUUGAUGAACUUAGUCAAGGGGUAUACAAUAUCUCAAUAACAUCAAGAAACACUAACAAUAUUGGUUAUGCAAGUUUGAGGAUAACAGCUAAAGCCAGAAGUAACACUGUUCCAAUAAUGACAAAUUGCUGGACAAGUGUUGGGAACAAUAUUGCUGACAUGGCUAGUAAUACCAAAAUUGCUGUAAAUGCAAGGGUUUUACAGGGAACGAAUCCUGUGAUAGGAGCAAAAGUAACUGCUUACAUUGAAAGGGAAGAUUCGGACAUACCAUUGGAGAUUAGUCUUUUAGAUUCUGGAUCUAAUCCUGACAAUGUUGCUAAUGAUGGUGUUUAUGCUAGAUAUUUUGCAAACUUUGACCAAACUACUGCAGAUAAUAAAAGGUACAGUCUAAAAUGCCAGGUUGAGGGUACAGAUGAUUCUCAAAUAAACCAAGGAUUCAUUGUUACAAGACAAGGAGAGACAACACGCUCAUUACCAAGCCAACCAUCAGAAGGAAAUCCUAUUUGCUGUGGAAGCAAUACUGUCAGAGAUGAUUCAAUCCUGACACCAACGGGAAACUUUAGAAGAUCAUCAGCAGGAGGUUCAAUAGAAGUUAAAAAUGGCAACCAAGCAAAUUAUCCACCAGGAGAGGUUUCUAACCUGAAAGCAUCACAGGGAAAAGACAAUGUCUACCAAAUCCUUCAAUUUACGUCAGCAGGUGCAAGGUUGGAUUAUGGAACUGCGGAUGAGUUUAGGAUUUAUUAUUCUAAAAAUAAAACUGAUGUCCUCCAAACCAAUACAAUAAUGGACAGUUUGGAUUAUCUAACUGCUUCCCAAGUGUUGGACCCAAAUGCUUUAAAGACGGUUGAAGGUGGCACUGAUGUUGUUAUCAUACUUCUAGAUGAUGUUCUUGAACCAGAGCAGCAAUACUUUUUUAGACUGGUAACUCUUGUUAGAAAUGGGAAUAUGGAGGCUUGGUCAAACAUUGCUUCAAUUUAUAAUUAUCAAGAACAACCAUCUUUGCCAGAAGAAGAUGGUCUUAAACCUGGAGCCAUUGUUGGGAUGGUAUUAGGAUCCAUUUUUACAGUUUUUGUUGUAGCAGGAGCUAUUUUCUUAUACAUCCGCAGAGAUAAUUAAUUUAAUGAUUGUUCAGCAAAAUGUGUAUUUUGCUGAAUUUAAAUAACAUUCCUUUAAAUACUGA